UUUUUUCAGUGGUGCUGAGGUAACCUCGGUCCAAAACGGCUCCCCUCCCCGGGCUGCUCCCCUCCUGCCCGCGAGUCCCCUCGCCUCGUAGGCAUCUCGGACCUGAUAUCGUGGGGUGAGGUGCGAGCAGGCCCGGGGAGGGUAGUUACCGCUGAGGAGUCGCAGUCGCGAUCACGAUGAUAGAGGUACUGACAACAACUGAAGCUCAGAAACUGCUACACCAGCUGAAUGCACUUUUGGAACAGGAGUCUAGAUGUCAGCCAAAGGUCUUCGGCUUGAGACUAAUUGAGUCGGCUCACGAUAAUGGCCUCCGAAUGACUGCAAGGCUAAGGGAUUUUGAAGUGAAAGAUCUUCUUAGUCUAACUCAAUUCUUUGGAUUUGACACUGAAACAUUUUCUCUAGCUGUGAAUUUAUUGGACAGAUUUCUGUCUAAAAUGAAGGUACAGCCCAAGCAUCUAGGUUGUGUUGGACUGAGUUGCUUUUAUUUGGCUGUGAAAUCAAUAGAAGAAGAGAGGAAUGUCCCAUUGGCAAAUGAUUUGAUCCGAAUAAGCCAGUACAGAUUCACAGUUUCAGACUUGAUGAGAAUGGAAAAGAUUGUAUUAGAGAAGGUGUGUUGGAAAGUGAAAGCUACUACUGCCUUUCAGUUUCUGCAGCUCUAUUAUGCUCUCAUUCAGGAGAAUUUGCCAUUUGAAAGGAGAAACAACCUUAAUUUUGAAAGAUUAGAAGCUCAGCUUAAGGCAUGCCACUGCAGGAUCAUAUUUUCUAAAGCAAAGCCUUCUGUAUUGGCAUUAUCUAUCAUUGCAUUGGAGAUUCAAGCGCAGAAGUGUGUACAAUUAGCAGAAGGAAUAGAAUGUCUUCAGAAACAUUCCAAGAUAAACAGCAGAGAUCUGACCUUCUGGCAAGAGCUUGUGUCCAAAUGUUUAACUGAAUAUUCAUCAAACAAAUGUUCCAAACCAAAUGUUCAGAAGUUGAAAUGGAUUGUUUCUGGACAAACUACAAGACAACUGAAGCAUAGUUACUACAGGAUAACCCACCUUCCAACAAUUCCUGAAACAGUUCCUUAAUUGGAUUAUUACAAUAACAAAAUGCUUUUCUCUACAACCCUGAGCUAUAGAGUUCAUGCUUAGUGUUACAAUGGAUUCAAGCAACUAAGCCUCAAAACAUCACAACUAUAUUAGCACUAAAGUUCUCAGACUUGGGAAAAUUGCCUACUUAACAUUAUGUUAGAGCAGAACAAUAUUUAGAUUUGAAUUCAUCUGUGACACAUACAAAUCAAAGCUAAGAUUAUAACUGUGAAACUCUAAAAAUAAGCCUGGGAAGGUAAACUGUGAAUCUUCAUUUCUAGUGUUGAAUUAAAUUUCUGUAUUGGAUCAAUUAAUUUAGGUGGUGUGGAAA